AUGAAGAAGAAGGCAGUGUCGAAGAUCGCUACGGGCAGGCUUGCGAAGUCUCGAGUCUUCAAUGGCGCGAAGGAGAAGACUACGGGUGGUCUGCAGAAGGCCAACCUGAUGAAGAACAAGCGCGGCAAGGUCGUCAGCAAGAAGAUGCACGCCAAGGGGAAGUCAAUCCAGAAGUUCGUGCAGGGCUGGCUCAGCGCAGUCGCGACGGCCAGAAAGGAGCUGGGCAUCAAGGGCUUUUGUGUGAUCGGCGGCAAGAGCGCUCAGGGGAAGGCGCUCUAUGCCAAGGCCAAGGCGAUUUAUGCGGCGUGA